AUGAUCAACCUAUUAAAUAAUAUUCUUGUGUGGUCUUCAGGGGUUGGUUCAGGUUUUGGUGUCUUAGCCCUAGUUGGUGGACUUUGGUGGCUGAGAAAGUUUCUCAUAAAGAGAAGGAUUUCAAAGAGGAAGAAAAAGUUCUUCAAACGUAAUGGAGGAUUACUAUUACAACAAGAACUAAACACAAAAGAAGGCAAUGUCGAGAAGACUAGAAUCUUCACCUCAAGAGAGUUAGAGAAAGCCACAGAAAAUUUCAGCCAAAACAGAGUUCUUGGACGUGGAGGUCAAGGCACUGUGUACAAAGGCAUGCUCUUAGAUGGUAGAACCGUGGCAGUCAAGAAAUCAAAAGUUAUAGAUGAAGACAAACUACAGGAGUUCAUCAACGAGGUUGUGAUUCUCUCCCAGAUCAACCAUAGACAUGUUGUCAAACUCUUGGGAUGUUGUCUCGAGACAGAAGUUCCUAUGCUGGUCUACGAGUUCAUCAUCAAUGGCAACCUCUUCCAGCAUAUCCAUGAAGAGUCUGAUGAUUACACUAUGGUAUGGGGAAUGCGUCUACGGAUCGCUGUGGAUGUGGCAGGAGCUCUCUCUUAUCUUCAUUCAUCAGCAAGCUCUCCAAUAUAUCAUAGAGACAUAAAGUCUUCAAAUAUAUUACUUGACGAGAAGUACCGAGCCAAGGUGGCGGAUUUUGGAACAUCAAGGUCAGUAACCAUAGAUCAAACUCACUGGACAACCGUUGUUUCCGGCACAGUUGGGUAUGUUGAUCCUGAGUAUUACCGGUCAAGCCAGUAUACAGAAAAGAGCGAUGUUUACAGCUUUGGAGUCGUUCUAGCCGAACUUAUUACUGGAGAUAAGCCUGUCAUAACGGUGGAAACCACUCGAGAAAUGAUAAGCUUAGCAGAUCAUUUUAGACUCGCUAUGAAGGAGAAGAGACUUACUGAUAUUAUUGAUGCUCGGAUAAAAGAUGAUUGCAAACUGGAGCAAGUAAUGGCAAUGGCAAAUUUAGCGGUGAAGUGUUUGAGCUGGAAAGGGAAGAAACGUCCAAAUAUGAUAGAAGUUUUUAUGGAGUUGGAGAGAAUUUUUACUUCUCCAGAGGGUUUACAGGAGCAGAAUUGGAAUGACGAGGAAGAGGAGGAGGAGGAAGAAGAAGAAGAUGAUAAUGUGAUAAACAGGGGAAUGUCUUGGAGUUUUAGUGUGACUGCUCCUGCGGUUAGUACUGUGGCUUCAGCUUCUACUUCAGAUGUUGAACCGUUGGUUCCUCGUGUUACAUGGUGA